AUGGAAGAGAUGCAUAGGGCAAGAGACUGGCUUCUAAAGAAUAGAUUAUGGAAAGGGAAAGUAGUAUCAAUAGAUUCAGUGGAGAAACCUGUAGACUCACUUAACCGAGUGAUCGAGCACUUUAAAAAAAGUGAAGUAGAGUGUCUCAUAAGAAUUUUUUACAGCUUGGUGGAAAGAGCUGAUAUAAGACUUGCUAACACUGGACUAGAUCAUAACACAUUUCUAGCCAUCCUGCACAGCAUAUUUGGAAUGACUAAUGAUAUGCUAAUGAAUAGGGUAUUUUUUGCAUUUGACAAAGACAAUGAUAACUACAUAAAUGUGAAAGAGUGUGUUAAAGGAUUAUCAGUGUUUCUUCGAGGGACUUUUGAAGAAAAGCUGAAGUUCUGUUUUGAAGUUUAUUAUUUCAAUGGUGAUGGUUACAUUUCUCGAGAGAAAAUGUUGGACAUGUUGAACAGUCUAUACCAACAGUCACCUGAAGAAGAGACUGAUGAAGGAAUAAACGAGUUGGUGGAUAUAACACUGAAGAAAAUGGAUUAUGACAGCAAUGGCAAGGUAUCUUUUGCAGACUUUGAAAAAGCAGUGAAAGAAGAUAAACUUUUGUUUUAAGUGUUUGGACCAUGUUUACCAGAAGCAAAGAAUUGUCUUGAUUUUGAAGCCCUGGCAUUCCAACACAUCCUGACUUCUAGUUUUUCAAUGUGA